ACGUGGGGGGGGGACGGAACUGCUGUAGGGUCGACGAGUAAUUGAAGAUGAAGGGGGGAAAUGGGAAUUAAACAGCGUGUUUGUUAUAGUCGCAGCGGUACUUCGGUUAUAUUUGUGAUUCUCUGUAAGGCGGAUGUUGUAUGAGGCCCCGCGGAGGACGUGUUUUAAUCGAGGUAGUGAGUGUAGGGAGAUUUGGGGAGGGCUGUAGCUGCUGGGCUGUGUUUUUUUUAGGAGAGGGAAAACAACAUGGCGGCGGUGGAGCUCGAAUGGAUCCCUGAAACCCUUUACAACACCGCUAUCUCGGCUGUGGUGGACAACUACAGCCGCUCAAGAAGGGACAUAAGGUCGCUCCCGGAAAACAUACAGUUCGAUGUCUAUUAUAAGCUUUACCAGCAGGGCCGGCUCUGCCAGCUGGGAGGAGAGUUCUGUGAACUGGAGGUGUUUGCUAAAGUGCUGCGAGCUUCAGACAAAAGACACCUUCUGCACCACUGCUUUCAGGCCCUGAUGGACCACGGUGUGAAAGUGGCCUCAGUCCUGGCUAACUCCUUCAGCCGCCGCUGCUCCUACAUUGCAGAGUCAGAUGCCCACGUCAAAGAGAAGGCCAUCCAGUUUGGCUUUGUGCUGGGUGGCUUCCUGUCUGAUGCAGGCUGGUAUGGAGAUGCAGAGAAAGUUUUUUUGUCGUGCCUGCAGCUGUGCACGCUCCACAGUGAGGUCCUUCACUGCUUCAGAGCUGUGGAGUGCUGUGUCAGGCUGCUUCAUGUCCGCAAUGGAAACUGUAAGUACCACCUGGGGGAGGAGACCUUCAAGCUCGCUCAGUCUUACAUGGACAAACUCGCCAAACAUGGCCACCAGGCCAACAAGGCAGCGCUGUACGGCGAGCUCUGUGCCUUGCUCUUCGCCAAAAGCCACUACGAUGAGGCGUACAGGUGGUGUAUAGCGGCUAUGAAGGAAAUCACUCCCGGGCUGCCUGUCAAAGUCGUUGUUGACGUCCUCCGACAAGCCUCAAAGGCCUGCGUGGUGAAGAGAGAGUUCAGAAAAGCAGAGCAGCUGAUCAAACAUGCAGUGUUUCUAGCGAGAGAGCAUUUUGGACACAAGCAUCCCAAGUACUCAGACACGCUGCUAGAUUAUGGAUUUUACUUAUUAAAUGUAGACAACAUAUGCCAAUCAGUCGCUAUUUACCAGACAGCCCUGGACAUCCGACAGUCUGUGUUUGGGGGAAAGAACAUCCACGUUGCCACCGCCCAUGAAGACCUGGCCUACUCCUCGUACGUGCACCAGUACAGCUCUGGGAAAUUUGACAACGCUCUAUUCCAUGCAGAACGUGCCAUAGACAUCAUCACUCACAUUCUGCCUGAGGAUCACCUGCUGCUGGCUUCCUCCAAGAGAGUCAAAGCUUUGAUCCUCGAGGAAAUCGCCAUCGACUGCCACAAUAAGGAGACAGAAGAGCGCCUGCUGCAGGAGGCUCAUGACCUCCACCUCUCCUCGCUGCAGCUCGCUAAGAAGGCUUUUGGAGAGUUCAACGUCCAGACGGCAAAACACUACGGCAACCUCGGACGACUCUACCAGUCCAUGAGGAAGUUCAAGGAGGCAGAGGAGAUGCACAUCAAAGCCAUCCAGAUCAAGGAGCAGCUCCUGGGUCAUGAGGACUACGAGGUGGCUCUGUCUGUGGGUCACCUGGCCUCCCUCUACAACUACGAUAUGAACCAGUACGACGACGCAGAGAGACUCUACCUGCGCUCCAUCGCUAUCGGUAAGAAGCUGUUCGGGGAGGGUUACAGCGGACUGGAAUACGACUACCGAGGCCUCAUCAAACUCUACAACUCAGUGGGGAACUACGAGAAGGUGUUUGAAUACCACAACGUACUUUCCAACUGGAACCGGCUGAGGGACCGGCAGUUUGCAGUGGCGGACGCCCUGGAGGACGUCAACACUACGCCGCAGCAGACCCAGGAAGUGGUACAAGCUUUCCUAUUGGCCCAGAGUAUGGGCCCAACCCGCCCUUGCCUCGGCUAAUUCGAUGAGGGAAGAGAGGAUGAAAAAAAAAAAAAGACGCUUGGGCUUUCGCCUGGUGAGGACAGAAACGAGCCCAGAUGUGAUGCUCCCGUUGAACACAAUAAAUUAGCAACACAACAAAUUCAAGCAUCACCGGCAAGUCAACUGCCAGUACACACACACACACACACACACACACACACACACACACACACACACACACACACACACACACACACACACACACAGAUUUAGUCAUGGAUUUAAAAAGUAGAGAAGACACCGUUAUCAAACCUCAUUGACACCCACACGAACCACGGAGAUGGUUACUGCAAACGGUACUGAAGCCUGGACGCAGCUUCACCCCACAGAGCAGACUGAUGAUGCAUUUCUCCAAGAGAAAAGAGGAAAACAUGACUGAGGGGGCAGGGUUAAAAAAAAAAAAGAAACCUCUUAACGUCCUGUAAGGAUGACCAAUGACCUCCCCUCUUGUCUCGCUCGCCUUUUUCUUUCCGUUUGGAAUGGGAGGACCUUCUUCUUUUUUUUUUUUUUGCUUUUUAUAUUUGAACCGUGUAGCUCUGAAUGCCAUGAGACUCCAGGGCUACGUACACAACAGUAUCUUGGCCCUGACUAACACAUCUGCGAAAUAUGUCUCCACCCGCAAUCCAUCAUAACUACGAGGAACAGAGAUGUAAAAUGUCCGAUGUUUUUUUUGACACUUGUGGAAUAUUGGAGCAGAUUGUACUCUUGCGUUUUGAUUGAAGGCUUCUUUUUUCUCUCUCUUUGAAAAGGAAGUGCACCCUCAGAAUCCUUCUCGUUGGAGAGAUUACAACCAGAGGAAUGUGUUAAACCAGUGGGUUUAUUGUUACACAAUUACCACAUUACAUUUGAUUUGAUCUCGUUUUCCAGCGUAGUACUGAUCUAGAACAAUUAAAAUGCCAAUAAUUUAUAUGCAAAAGUGUAUGUUAUGUAGCCCUUUUUGUUUCUGCGUUUCUUACUGAGUGAGCCAUGAAUGCUUUCAACACAGCUCCACACUCUGACGGUAAAACGAAGGACGUGAGCGAGGAGAGGAAGAUGCUACAUGUGCAGACGCUUAGAGGCCCAGGCUUUGAUUAUUUUCAUCUUUAAGGGGAAUUCUGGUGUACACCUGGGCCUUGUUGUUAUAUGUUAUAGGGUCUUAAUGGGUACUAAAAGUUUGGAGAUUGAAGAUUUGAUGCAGGCUGUGAUGGCUGCAACGUAAUCUCUCAGGGAAAGCUGCAUGUUCUUAUAGUUAAUCCAAUGAAAGUGCUGGUUAUUGCCACUGAAAGGCUCCUAUUCUUUACAGGAGGGAUUCUUACAUUGAUACAUUUUUGUUCAGAGGAGAGGCUUUUUUUUAAGAAACAGAACAAAUGUUUGCGUUCUUUUAAAAGUCACCAGACUCCAUUGACAAAUCCAGCAAGUUUACCCCAAAGAUCACAGCUGUAGCUGCUCUACGGCUCCCUCUAUUGGUUAUUUGUGAUACAACAACUAUAGUGUUGAAUCUGAUUUAACUCAUCAAGACAUCAUAGUGAAACAUUAACUACGUAGCGGUGGAAAAGCUACUUCUGUGUCUCGAGAGGUUACAUUUCUGAUUUUGUCAGUGGAUUCUGCAAGCUCUGAAAGUGACAGUAAAACAUCAGUUCCUGGUUUUAAAAAAAGCAGCGUACUCCUAAACAAGAAGGUCUGUCUCUGUAAGGAUCCUUUCUGUGAUGUAGCCUGACACUUCAGCUGCGUUCACACUGCAGCCAAGAGUGACCUGAAUCUGAUUGUUGCCGCCAUUUAAAAAGUAAUCUGACAGCCAAACAAAAAUCAAAUCUGAGCCAUAAAAAUCUGACUUGAGCAUUAAGGCUUGCACACGCAACAAUCAGAGACUGUCAGUGGCAACAACAGGAACUUUUAGUUGACUUCCUUUGGUCUGGUGCUUUUGCCUGCAGGGAUUACAUUGCUACCAUUAUAGCUUGUGAACCUUCUGAACAAUUCUCCUAAGCCUGGUUGUUCAAAAGAUGAAAAAGAUCCUGAUUUUUCUACCAAAGAUCAAAUAAUCUAGAUCACUUCAAUCCCAGAUUUUCAAGGAGAAACUGGGUUGGAGAUCCAGAUCCAGAUUUAUAAGGAUUACCGAAACCCGAUUACCCAGUCAUUUAAAGGGUACUUCACACUACUUAUUUUGUCCACAGGGGGCGCCAUAAUCCACAGAAACUGAAAGAUCCUCACAUCUACUUUGAAAUAAUCUUGAAUGUUUGAUUUUUAUGAUAUUAAGUGAAAUCAUUUUUUUUUUUACAGUCCUCGUGUACCUUCAUCUACUUUGUCACUAAAGACAAACAGCAUUGUGUUUUUAAAAACAUUGACUACACUGUUAAAAUGUUGGAUUGUUUGACCUAAUUUAUCAUUUUUCUUACAUUUUCCCUGUAAUCUGGUCUGAAUCCAGACCUCUACUGGGGUCAGGAUAAUCCUGAUUGUUGGAUCAAAGUGAUCUCAAGUUUUGAUCUACUCAAACUGGAGGGUUUAUCUGGAUGUUCAUCAGGAUUGGAUUACCUGAUGUUGUUUUCUUUUGAACAACCUGAUCCAUGAUUAGAUCCAAUCCGAUAGAUUAAAUGUGAGGAGAUAACUUUUUGAACAACCGGCUCUGGAACAAAAUCUGAAUCUUCUUUUCAUCUUUAAGACCCCACAAAGUGUGAAAAUAGAGUCCAGGCUCUUUUUUUUUAAAAAAUCAACAAUUCCCGUUGAAAGAGUGCUUUCAUGUGUGAGCGUGUGUCAGUAAACACAGAUCGAGCUCUCGGUGCCUGAGUGCUCCACUGAUGAUUAUCAGCCUUACACCAGCCUGCAGUUCUCUGUCUGUAGGUGGACCCAUACAUCUAAGUGCUAAUGAACUAUUCAACCCUUAAGGGCACUACAAUGGGGACCAAUAUUGUAUAUUUGUGUGUGUGAGUGCGUAUGAAUGCAUGUGUUACUGGCCUGUCAAACAUGUGCAUCUUGCCUUUUCCGCUCAGAUGUCCCAUCAAAGUAACAAUCCAGAUUUGUCUUUUUUUAGUUUCUGGACUGUGUUUUUUUUUCCACGUGCUCCAUCAGACUUGAAUGUUUCUUUGCAAAAUCACAUCAGUUGUUUGCUUACAGAGCUGCAUGUAUGACAUCAUGAUGAAAACGUCACAAGUCUUUUUGAAAUGUUACCACUCACUUUGUCCUUGAAGAUGAUGUCAUGCCAGCUCUUUGGCAGUCUGCUGCUGGUCUCUACAUGACGGUAAUUUGAAGGAUCAGAACACACUAAUUACAUGAUACUCGGGAAAACACACACCGGUGCCUGUUUUAUUUCCUGACUAGCUGCCCGUGUGUUUGUGAAUCUCUGAUUAACUCGCAGCAGCUAUUGUUUGAAAAUAUGACUCAAGGUCUGACCUUUUUUUUAUAAAGCUUCGGUACUUUUUGAUACGAUCUGUCAUACAAAUAACAGAGAUUGUAGUUUUUUUUUUUUAAACCAGUAAUAUCAAAAAGUAUCGAACAUGUUGACAACCUAACUUUCUAUAACCAAACCAACUGAGAAUUUCUAAGUUUGACAAAAGUAACAGUUUAGAGGUAAUCGUUAACAAAAACAAAAAAGUGUGCUUUACAGUGGAAAGAUUCAACUUUUGACUUUAAAUAAAUCAACUAACCAAUAGAUUCCAAUAUAACAUUAUAAGGUACAUGCAUGUAUAUUUUGCCAAAGAGUCCAAGUAGAAACUUUGUUUUAUUUGAAAUAUCAGAUGAAUGUUAUUAUUGAUAAUAUAACAACACUAAUGGAUACACAUCAACACAUACAACCUAUUAGUACAUACACUCAUUAACUGUUCAUCUGCAGAAAUCGAGCUCCAUUGGAGGAUUUUUUUAUGGCCAACGAUGAGCCGAGGUUAAAUCAUGCUGUAUGCAUUUAGAUGCAUGAUGCAGUUUGUGUCAGACUUUUCAGCCGUGCAGAAAGUUAAAGGUAAUUUAAAUGUUCCCAGGAAAACUUAAGUAGCAGAUGGCUGUAAGGCUCUGUUGUCAUUUUGAAAUAUUUGGAAUUCAAUUUAUGUUUUCAUUGUAUUCUGAAAAGUGAAGAAAUGUAGAAGGUGGCCAUGGUUAAACCUGAACCGUCUGCAUGGCUUCAUAUCGUUAGAGGUUGUUUUUUUUUUUUUUUAAACUGUUUUAUAGAGUUUAGGUGAACUGGCCCUUUAGAGUUGUGCAGAAGGAAUCCUUUCAUUAAGACAUGAGUGUGACGUGUGCAGCUCUACAGAGGAACAACUGCUGAGAUUUAUGCUCUGAUGGAAAACAUGAAAAACAGGUCCAGCUCCAAAAACAGGUUUAGGCAUUACUCCUGCAACAUUUCUGAAAACCUGAUGCCUUCCAGAAGCACCCCGCUGUUUUUUUGUUUGUUUUUUUUCUGUUGAUUUAAAGUGAAUGAGGAAAACGAGCUUUGCCUUGCUGUUGCUUCAGUGCUGUCGGGAGGUCUCCCUCUCUAGCAGUGAUGUGAGUGGCUCUAGCUGAGGAGGUCCAGCCUUAGCCCAACAGGCGCACCCUCCCAUCCUCCACACAAACAGAACAUUUUUCCUUGGCAGUCGGGGAAAUGAAUGUCCUUUAGGAACAGCAGACACAGAACGUCCUGUCCUACAACAAUUGCAGAAAUUAAAUCUACCCUUGGAUGCUCCUACAAUGAAUUCAGCUCUCGGGUCUUGUGCCGACCUGUUGCACUGCACUCUGAUCUAUUAGGGCUACUGUUUUGGAGCAAAUGGCAAGUACAUUCUGCUCCUUCUGCAGUGCAUAUUUUAGAAAGGUUUUUCCUUCAGCGUAUGCUUUCUAAACUACAAAAACAAAUGGAGCGGGCUGUAAUGGCUGUAAUCCUUCAAAGUUUCAGAUUUUUAUUCCAAGUGAGAUAGAGAUGGAGCUUUUUGUUCCCCCCCCCCCCCCUGUAAACUGCUGCUCUCUUCAAAGUCACCAGACUCCACUGACAAAAACAGUCAUUUUACCCUGCUUGACACCGGAUCGUUUGAUCAACAGCUGUCUGGAUUGGUUGGUUUGUGCUGUUGUGUGACUUUGGUGUUUUAAAUUGAUGAAUUAGAUUUCAACACAAUAAUUGUGUAAAGGCACAAUGACUUAAAAAAAACAAAAAACAAAGAAAAAGGUAUACAAAUGACUCCUAUGUUCUGGGAGGUAAAAAUGACGUUUUGGUCGAUGGACUGUGGAGGCUUUGAGAAGAGCGUUGUAGUGGAUGUUUUUUAAAAAAAGCAUCUCAGCCUGAGACAGAAGGGUCCUUCUCUGUAGGGAAACUUGGAAUAACAGUCGGAGGCUGUCAGUAGCAAAAAGAAAAAAUACUUUUACAUGGCAUAUUUUGUAUGAUUACAUUAGCCCAAAAGUAUUACAUUGCAGUCAUUAAGGCCUAUUUCAAGGCUGAUGGAGCAAACAAACUGAGGAAUUCCAAAAUGAUUCCAGUUCUUCUUCUUAGUCAUUUCGAUCCGAAAAUGUGCUUUUUUUAAACCGUGUUGAAGUAUUAUUGGGUGUUUUUAUUUUUUCCCUUUUAACAAUAACCCUGAGAAACCAGCUGACUGAAGGAAUGUAAGACACAAAGGCUGAUCAAACCAACAGGUCGUCUUUCUGAUCGUCUGGUAUCUGAAAGGGAAAACGCUGCAGGAGGGGUCGGAGGAUCCACGGUUGAGGGCUUGCUGGGGAGAGAUGGACAGAAGAACAAACAUGUUCAAUAAAGCUGUGCCCUGUUUUGACUCUCAGAGAGUUCAAGAUGAUUGAAACAAAGCGUGAUGAGGGGAUGUUUUCACUGUUGUCCUGUUACUGCUUCACUGUUAGCUGCAAAAACAUUAAAACUUAUAUCAUUGAUCACAGAC